UCAUUUAUUUCUAUUUUCUGAGUUUUCAUAGAAAUAUAUUUAAAAUUAAAAACGAUGAGAGCGUAUCGAUUGUUGAAAAAACUGAUGCCGUCCAGUGGUGGUGGCGACGAUUUUGAAAAGGCCAAAAAAUCUAUACGUUUGGCUAGAUAUGGCUGUGCAAACAGGCCUUUUUACCACAUUGUAGUUGUACUUCAACGACGCGAUUGUAAAGCCCAUCCAAUUGAACAGCUUGGUACGUAUGAUCCUAUGGAAAAUCAUAAUGGAGAAAAACUAGUCAGCUUCAACUUAGAAAGGAUCAAAUACUGGAUGGCCAAAAAAGCACGUUUGACAAAUCCAGUUGCCGAAUUAUUAGGACUAUCUGGAUUCUUGCCCAUACAUCCUCAUACCUAUAUGACAGCUUGGAGGAAUAGGCAAAAAAGUAAGACGGAGAGUGAACAGAGCGARACUGUCACCAAUUAAUAAAUAUUUAAUGUUAUAUAAUAUUUAUUUUCUGGUUAUUUUGAAUAGUUGAACUGCUAUAAUACUACAGUAUUAUGGCAAGUAAGUACAUUUGUGCAAAAAAAAUAUUUAUAACAAAUUGUGUACAUAUAUUCUGUUGUUGAUGUGUAAUAAAUUUC